CUUUACUUGAGGGGGAGGAGAAAGUUGAGGCUGGGAGGAAGUUGAGAGUGGGUGGAAAAAGAGGAGGAGAAAGGUUCUUAUUUCACCAGAGUUUUGUCCUGGACUUUCACGUAUUUCCCAACCCAGGGCCAGUGAGAUGAGGUGGGAAAGCCUGCCUGGAGAGAGCCCAGCAGUAGCUAUAGAGCCCCUGCAGCCUCAGGGCAGUCCCAGAGCUGCGGUUCCAGGCCCAGAUGUAGCGCCAGCACUUGGGGGUCCUGCCUAUAGGCCAAGACCUCCUGCUCCUCCCAGACCUCCCACUUCCCCAUCGGAGGCUUUUGCCUACCUCAGCUCUUCUUCCCCAACAGGCUGGGGUGGCUGCACUGAAUCCCUCAGCACUGGCUCCCUCUUCUCAGGGGCUUCCCUGCUCCCACCCCAGCUCCAGAAGAGACUCAUGGCGUGGGAGGCCACAUACCUGCUGCCACCCAUCCUGCUGGUGCUUCUGGCCUCAGGCUCCUGGGAACAGAAUCCAGAGUUGAAUAAACUGGAAGGUGAGACAGUCUCCGUGAGAUGCCCUUAUAAGCCCCAGCAAGAUUUAAACAAGGUGAAAACCUGGUGCAGGCAAACAUCGGCGUACACUUGUACCAUGUUAGCUGCCCAUCCCCCACUUAAGGCUGAGCUUUGGGAGACUCGAUACUCCAUCCAGGAUGACCUCAGAUCUGGGUACUUCACUGUCACCAUGGCUGAUCUCAGGGUAAAGGACACGGGAUUCUACUGGUGUGGAAUCUACGAAUCUCCUGGGAUCUUUAUUCUCAGAACCAUCCAUCUGGUGGUAUCUCAGGCUUCAACCUUGCCCACUCCCAGGAGCACCAGGAGGACCACAACCUGGACCUCCACCACCAGUCCUGCCAUUGACAGCCCCCCAAACAAUCGGAAUCUUGUGGUCUUCAGCGCGACAGUGGCCGUCUCGCUGCUGCUGGUGCUCACCUUCCUCAUAGUCCUGUGCCUCUGGAAAGGCCGAGGAAGGGCUCGGAAAGGUGAGGAUGAAUUCCACCACACCUGUGACAUUUCAGCCCAUGAGGAGACCGCUGCGCAUAGGAAGGACACCUCACUGGCGCGGAACGAAUCUCAGCUUUCCUGGGGCUCCGAUCAGCAGAUGGGCUCUGGCAAGGACCCGGGGGCCAUCUGCUAUGCCUCACUUGCCCCCCUGAAGUACUUUGGCCCUGAAGACUCCAUCUAUGUCAACUGCCCCAAUCGGAAGCCCAAGCCUGAACCCCCUUUGGCCGUGGAAUAUGCCAGCAUUGCUGGAAGCAGACCCCAGCCCUCCAAGUCGGCCGCCCUCGAAGCAGAGCCCAGGAUCUGAGGGCGGAAUUCACUGGGCGGGCUGUGAAAUCCUGACAGGUUGUGCAAGUUCCUCUGGUGGUGACUCUCUCUGCCUGAGAGCCUCCUCCCUUCACUGUCCUCUCAGAGCCUCUAAGCCAGGCAGAGAAGGUCUGUCUCCCCACCCCACUCCUCCUCUCCUUACAGCCCCCCAGUGCUAACUGAUUCUCACAGAUGACCCUGCCAGGACAUGGAUGGGGGUUUCCCCUGACCCUCAGCCUCGCCAGGCAGGGCGGCGGGGUGAUUGCUUCCCUGUGGGAGCACAGCUCCGUCUUGGGCUCCUCUGCCUUCCAUGGAAACCGUGACCCACUCUGCGAACUGAGUCUCGGUCAGACACAGUGGGCUGAGGGGCACCUCCUGCUCUGCUGAAGUACACUUUCACGGGGCCCUUCUGGAGACAGGGCCCCUUUCUGUUCUGUGCCCCAAGGGGUGUCUGAGCUCUGGGAACUCUGGACUGUUGUGGGCAGACGGGUGGUGUCCUGCCACAUCAUGGGGAAGAUGGCUCGGAACUGCAGAUUCAUCACUUCUCAAGAGUGGCAUUAAAGGUCGUUGAAUCCAACGGGCAGUGGGGUGCCAGAACCGCCCUGUAAAAUCCCAGUGA